CGGGACGGGAUGCCAUUCUACGAGGCAGUGGCACCUCCAACAGUAUGUCUAUCACCUGCCUACUCCAGGCAGUACACCGAGGCUGAUGGCACCAUUGCAGGUUCCGCGGUGUGUAUCUUGGAAACCCACUCGAAUAGCGUCUCCAACAAGAUUCGUGGUCUGGCACGCAUGGUCCAGGUCUCCUCCAACAUGACCCUGGUCGACCUGACAAUCAACGGCCUUGCUCCCGGCAAGUAUUAUGCCACGGUACGCGACACAGGGGAUAUCUCGCAGGGUGCUGGAUCCACCGGCGGCAUUUGGGAGGCCGUCAAGGCUAAAGUGCUGGGUUCGGAGCCAGUCAAGGAACCCCGCGGCAUUUUUGGAUCGGUUGAGGUGAACGACAAGGGCCGGGGCAAUGUAUUUUUGGAUCGCCCGGUAGCGGUGUGGGAGAUGAUUGGGCGCAGUAUGGUAGUGUCGAAGAGCCAGGAGGGGCCCUUUCGACAGGAAGACCCUGACACUCUAGUGGGAGUGAUCGCUCGAAGCGCGGGGGUGUGGGAUAACGACAAGAUGGUGUGUUCCUGCUCCGGUAAGAAUGUGUGGCAGGAGCGGCAGGAGCAGGUGGCCCAGGGAAUGGCCUAAAGGGGAAGAAGAGAGGGAAAUGAGGAUGUGGUUGGAGGAAGCUAGACUGGCG